GUCAGACACACUGACAGACAGAGGAAGAGAGCUGCAUGUAUGGACGAGGGACAUAGAGGGAGGUGAAGAGCCCCUGUUACCUCACUAAAGCCAAAGAGAACAAAAGCCAGUCCUGCUGAAGGAUUAGCUCCUUGUCGGUGCCAACAUGGCCCUGCCCUUUGUGAUGGUGUUGCCCUUGCUGAUCAUCGUGGCAGCCGGGGUGUACUACAUCUACAAUGAGGUCACGCACUACAUGUCCAAGUCCUUAGUGCGAAACAAAGUGGUGGUGAUCACGGAUGCUGUGUCCGGGGUGGGGACCGAGUGUGCCCAGCUCUUCCAUAAAGCCGGCGCCAGACUUGUCCUGUGUGGGAUGAGCUGGGAUAAACUGGAGUCUCUGUUUGAUUCUCUAACUACUGACGCUGACCCAAGAGAGACGUUUGCCCCCAAACUGGUGAUCUUGGACUUUAGUGACAUGGACAGCAUUGAGGAUGUGGUGGCCGAGGUGUUGGAGUGUUACGGCUGUCUGGACGUGCUGGUCUGUAACAGCAGCGUGAAGCUGAAGGCCCCCGUACAGAGCACCUCCCUGGAAAUGGACAGAAACAUCAUGGACAUCAAUUAUUUUGGCCCCAGCACUCUGGCCAAAGGUGUUCUUCCAACAAUGAUCUCCAGACGAUCGGGGCACAUUUUGCUGGUGAAUAGCAUCCAAGGCAGACUGGCCAUCCCAUUCAGAAGUUCAUAUGCCGCAUCUAAGCAUGCUGCACAGGCCUUCUUUGACUGCCUGCGGGCUGAAGUGGAGGAGUAUGGCAUAAUUGUCAGCACCAUAAGUCAUACCUUUAUCAACGCCUCCGACCCUGUGGGGGAACCGGCCCCCAAGCGAAACGCCCUGGCAGCAUUUAUUGCUAGACAGAUGACCCAUGGUUUGCGCCCAUCAGUCCUGGCCAAUGAGGUUAUGCAAACGGUAAACAGAAAGAGGAAGGAGGUUGUGCUGGCCCACCCCAUCCCCAGGGUGGCCCUCUACCUCCGCUCCCUUUUUCCCCCUUUCCUCUUUGCUGUGCUGGCGUCUGGAGUGAAGGACUCUGUGUUGGAUGGGUAGAUUCAGGAGAGAGCCUGAAAGGAUAAAUGGAAUCAGAGAUGUGGAACGAAGCAUGAGUUGUUUUUUGGAAAUUGUAGAUGUGUUAUAGCAUGUAGUUGACACUAAGCUGGACGACUAACAGGGCAAAGUAGGCAGCUGCCCUGGGAUGCUAUUCUCUCUGGGACUGAAGACUCCAGAUUCAAUUUGUUUAUUGCAAUUCAAUUAAUAGCUGAAUAUAUAUUUGUCAAUACUAAAUAAUGGCCACUAAAGCAUGAUAAGCCAAAUGACUGGGGCCUUAAACCUGUUUACUAAGUAAUUUUGUAUAAAAAAAACUCACAACACUGAUGAGCAUAUUAGCAAACAGUUGCCUAUUAAAGGCUCAGUGUGUAGAACUUAGUGAUAUCUAGUGGUGAAGCUGCGUAUUGCAUCUGAAUUCCCCUCACCUCACCCUCCCCUUACAAAUGUGACAGCGAACGUGUGGCAGCCUUGUUCAGUUGUCCUAAAAACACAUAAGAUGUCUAGUAUGUCUCGUCUGGGUCUUGUAAACAAACAUGGCGGCCUCCAUAGAGAGGCCCUGCUCCCGAUUUAAAGGUCCCAUUCAAGGUUAAAGAAAACAGCAGUUCGUAGAAUUUCGAUGAUUAAACACUGCACAACAAUUCACACAACCUCACUAUGAGUGUGUAGCUUGCGCAUUCAUUUGGAGUGAUGUUUCUGUCCACCUGAUGAAUUAAAGUACAAUAUUCUUGUUUUGGUAUUCCCCACAGCAUGGCCUAAAACUACCUACUGUAUAUCUCUAAUGUCUUUAAAUGUUAACUGAAAUGUAUACUUUAACAAAAAUUCAUCAAAAAUAAAAUAAAGGCCAUAGAGGGUGAAUUCAUGACUGCUGUUUUGUGCUCCAUUGGAUUACAACCGUGUACCUUAUGAAAACAGAAACACUUGAGUGUUUGUUCAAACAGCAACAAAUGUAAUGGAACUACACAACCUAAUUGAUUGAUGUUAUUUCUGCCGCUCUUUAGUGUAUUUAAUGAGAGUCAAUGUAAAGUUACUGAUUAAAUUAAUGGGAACCUGUAAUGAUGCCUGUGAUGAAGCUCAUUUAUUGUAAAAGAAGAGAACAGGAUCUGAUUGUAAGUGUUGUACUAUACUUGAGGAUUUCUAUUGUGUGCUAAUUCAUGGAGGUAUUGAAUAAGUUAAACCACCACUGAAUUAUUUAAUUAACAUUUUUAAAUAUUGAUACAUUAUAUUACGUAUAGUUAAAAUUUGAGUUGAUUGUUUUGAAAAACGCGUUUCAGGGUUCAUAAAAUAGUCCACCAUUGAAUGUACACGUAAAAUAAAAUUAGACCGGUGAAUUUCUGACAUCAUAAAUUAAGAUAUAUUGUUAUAAAUGAAAGUGCCAAACAUCAUGUAAGUAUUCAGACUUAUCUAAAAUUUGGAAUUACUCAAGUAUUUUUUAUCACACUGAUAUGAAAAAGAAACUGUUAAAAGGAAAAAUAGAGGUUGAUUUUGAAUUUUAACACCAGCCACAGCAGAGGGUCUAAUAGGAUUAAUUUCACGUGUCAGUGCAGACCAGAGUGUAGCUCUCUAUUUACCCUCUAGAUGGCAGCACUAUAUAGCUAUUAAUGACUGGUUUAUGAUGCUGAUGAAUUUUUUCUCACUGAUCUGUUUAUGUGUUGCAAAAUGUCCCGGUAUUUGUUAAAAUAUGAUUUCACUCUUCUAAUUAGUGAAAAAUAAAUGUGUGAUGAUGAAGAUUGAUUUUCUUUGAAAAAUGUGCAAUUAUAUUUAUUUAUAGCAAUUAUAGACAUAUUCAUAUUCAUAUACUUGGUAUAUAUUCAUCUAUAGCUAAGCAAUUCUUUCUUGAAACAGUUCCUUUCACCACUACAAAUGCUGCCCAUUCCCUGAGCUUUGAUGUUUACACAGAUGCAAUCCAUCCAGUUCCAUGUCACUCAUAGAUUUAUUGCUCUCAUCACUUCAGGGCUGGAGGGCAGGAGCCUCUGCCUGCCUGGUAUUAUCUUGUGAGGAUUACUCUGGUGGGAUCAAUGCUCUGAACAUGAUGCACAGUGUAUCCGAGUGGGUGAACGAACCGUGUAUCAAACAACACAUUUGGCGCAUUGUAUGAAAAAUAAAGUCUAAUCCAGACCAGCUCUGUGACAGGA